CUUCGUUAAAGGGUGCAGUCGAAUCAGGAAAAGAUCCUUCUCAUUUCCGCAUUUGCUCCGUGGUGCGCAGUUGGGUUUUCUCUCCGGUUGGACUCCAAAGGAAGAAUGUUGGUCGGGUCGCGCUUGAAGACAGCGGCGGCGCUGUGCGCGCUGCUGGCCGUGGCUCUGCAGCCGAGCGUCUCCAGCGCGGGCGUGGAGCCCAAUUUCCGACAGUCCAUCGUCUCCAUGGACGUGCCCGAGGGCGGGGAGGACUCUCAUGACGAUCCCACGGACGCUCCGCCCGCGCCUCCCGCUCCCGAGGCGCCUACGGACGCGCCGACACCUAAGCCGAAGUCUGAUUCGGGUCCGCACGACACUGAAGACCGGCCAGACUACGAGUGGUACUGGAAGCACGGCGAGGCCUCCAUGUUCGCGCAGGACAGCGGCAUCUUCAAGUCGUUCACGCCUAAUGACACGGACAUGACCUGCUCGUUGGACACGCACGCCACGCCCUUCAACAGCCAGGUGCGCGGUGUCAACCUGGGCGGCUGGCUCGUCCUGGAGCCGUGGAUCACGCCCACGCUCUUCUACCAGUUCCUCAACACCCAGCAGAGAUUUGGUGACAAGGCUCCGGAGAAGACGGCGAUGGACAUGUACACGUUCUGCACGGCGCUUGGCAAGGAGGAAGCUAACCGCCAGUUGCGUAUCCACUACGACAACUGGGUCACGGAGAAGGAUAUUGCUGAGCUUGCGGCUGCAGGCAUCAACUCGCUGCGUGUGCCGGUCGGUGACUGGAUGUUCAACCCUUACGAGCCGUUCGCUGGCUGCACUGACGGCGCUGUGGACGCGCUGGACCGCGUGGCGGACUUGGCCCUCAAGUACGGUCUUGAGAUCCUUCUGGAUAUCCACGGCUUGAUCGGCUCGCAGAACGGCUUCGACAACAGUGGCAAGUCGUCAAAUGUCAAGUGGACGUCCAUUGCCAGUACGCAGCCUGUGGGCACCACUACGUUCGAGCACUGGCCUAUCCGUCAAGCUGAAUGGGCUGGUACUUUUGACGUGGAGAACCACAACUACUCGAGCAUCAACUACGCCAAUCUGAACCACUCCAUUGUAGCUGUAGAAGCUAUCAUCAACCGCUACAAGGAUAACAAGGCCAUCAUGGGUCUGGAGCCUGUGAACGAGCCGUGGGAGCUCACCCCUAUUAAGGUGUUGAAGCAGUAUUACUGGAAGUCAUACAAGCGCGUGAAGGUUCUUGCUCCUUCGUGGAAGUUCGUCAUCCACGACUCGUUCCGCUUCGGUCUGCAGUUCUGGGCCAAGUUCCUCAAGGGCUGCCCCGAUAUCGCUCUAGAUACGCACAUCUACCAGGCCUGGAACCCUCCUGGAACCGUUGCAGACUUCUUCUCCAACGCCUGUCAGCAGAAAUAUGUCAUCAGUGACAUGGAGAACGCCAUGAUGCCUGUUAUUGUCGGUGAGUGGUCUGUUGGCACGGACAACUGCGCCAUGUGGCUGAACGGCUUCAACGACAACCUGCCGGGCUUCCCCAAGGUGCAAUGCCACAUGAUUGACUGCCCCAUCAACAGUACGUACCUCGGUGACGGCUUCCCCGGCACUCCGUUGGACAAGACCAAGCCGAUCCAGGGCCCGUACGGCACGGGUAUGUCGGGUCCGUCCUUUGGCAAAUGCCCCAUUACCAGUAAGGAUUCUUUCAACCAAGACGACGACGCUGCGUUGACCAAGUCGCUGACUCUGAAGAAGUUGAAUGGCUUUGCCAAUGGCCACGGCUGGUACUUCUGGAACUUCAAGACGGAGUUUGCUACCAAGUGGAGCUUCCUGGACCUGGUGCGUCUCGGUGCGUUCCCCAAGAACGUGUCGGACUACCACGAGAGCGAUGGAGUGGAGAGAGCGUGCAUGAAGGAAGACAGAGGAGAGUUUGUCUGCCGUGCCAAGCGCGGAGUCAAGGAGUUCGAGCUCAAGAGCGGCCUCGCGUUUGCUUGCAACUUCCCGGAGAUCGACUGCUCGGACAUUAAGACGCGGUUCCUCACCCUGGAGGAGCAGUGCGACUGGGCUUUCAACGAGUACUGGCACCUCAACCGCCAGAAGGGCGCGACCUGCGAUUUCGGUGGCGCCGGUCAUCUCCUGACUGAGCCGGGUGCUGCCCCCACGAAGCUUCCUGAGCCUGUGCCUGUCCCGCUCCACAAGGUCAAGGAGGAGAAGCCAGGCCACUUGCUCGUGUCGGUGGCCAAGUGGAGCAUCGCUGCUAUCCUGGGCGUCAUUGCGCUCGCUCUGGCGGCGAUUGCCGGUGCGAUCUUUGCAGUCGUCCGCUGGCGCCAGACCCGUAUGCGCCGCCACUACUCGCCUAUUGGCGGCAACCGCGCUUAAGUAAACCCAACUUAUCAUUGGUGUUCAUGACAGUGACACGAAGUGAACAAGCGCUGGAACGAGAGUAGCAAGUGUAGGGAAAGCGUAAGAUUGCUACUGGUAACGUCAAUUAAAGUUGAAAAUUAUCAACUGUACAAACGUUUUGUGUCACUUC